CUAGGAUUGUUAUGCGAUGGAACAGAAAAUGGCGGCUUUUAGAGACGCUCGCAUCUUUACGCGCUGUGGAGUCCCACACAGGGCUAACGUUUUUGGCUUUUAAUGAGGUUAAACUUGUUUUUAUGCGUAUAUGUGCACCCCGAGGACACGGCGGGGUUCCGGUCUGAAGUUCCUUAAACUCUGGAGACCUAACGGGAUUCUGCUAAGAACAAAGCUCCGAGCAAAGCAACGGUCCACCGGUCCCCGCCUUUCUGUUUACUAUCAAAGAGCCAUGUGGCCCCACGGCGCAGGAUAGAGGGCUGCUGUGGCCCCACGGCGCAGGAUAGAGGGCUGCUGUGGCCCCACAGCUCUGGCUCCUUAUCUGUAGAGAAAGUCCCAGGGUCCCCAGUGAAAAUGGAUGAUUCAAAGCCACGCUACAGCAAAAGGCUGCGGGCCGGAACUAGAAGACGUUACCAUGACGAUGGCAUCUCUGAUGAGGAGAUCGAUGGAAGGAGGACGUUCGACUUGGAGGAGAAAGUCAGCAGCGAAAGGUUCAGUUCUGACCGGAUCGUCCGCAUGGAAGGAAAAGACUUCACAUAUGAGUUCGUUCAGAGAGGAGGCCUGAGGGACCCAAUCCUGUUUGAGAAGCCUGAUGGCCUGGGUCUGAAGAUGCCAGAACCGGACUUCAGCGUCAAUGACGUCAAGACGUUUGUUGGUUCCAGACGCAUGAUAGAUGUGAUGGAUGUGAGCACCCAGAAGGGGACAGAGAUGUCCAUGGCCCAGUGGACGCGUUACUACGAGACUCCUGUGUCUCAGAGAGAUAAACUCUAUAACGUCAUCAGUCUGGAGUUCAGCCACACCAAGCUGGAGAAUCUGGUCAAGAGACCCACCACGGUGGAGCUCAUAGACUGGGUGGACAACAUGUGGCCUCGUCACCUUAAAGAGAGACAGAGGGAUUCAACCAACUCCAUCAAUGACAUGCAGUACCCAAAGGUCCAGAAGUACUGCCUGAUGAGUGUCCAAGGCUGCUACACAGACUUCCACAUCGACUUUGGAGGGACGUCCGUCUGGUACCACAUCCUGAAAGGGAGGAAGGUGUUCUGGUUGAUUCCUCCUACGGAUCCGAGCCUGGAGCUCUAUGAGAACUGGGUUCUGUCUGGAAAGCAGGGAGACAUUUUUCUGGGAGACCGAGUGUCUGACUGUCAGAGGAUCGAACUGAAGCCGGGCUGUACCUUCAUCAUCCCCUCAGGUUGGAUCCAUGCCGUCUAUACCCCCGUGGACUCCAUGGUGUUUGGAGGAAACUUCCUGCACAGCUUCAACAUCCCCAUGCAGCUGAACAUCUGUAACAUAGAGGACAGAACGCGGGUUCCUAUGAAGUUCCGCUGUCCCUUCUUCUAUGAGAUGUGCUGGUAUGUGCUGGAGCGCUACGUCUACAGCCUCACGAAGACCUCUUACCUCACACCUGAGUUUCAGAAAUACUCCCUGGGUACAGCUCGUGAGCUGCAGGACGAGGGUUCUGGUAAGAACGAAGAGCCUUCAGGCGCCCAGUCUGAAAAGUCCCCAUCCAAAGUCCAUUUGACUCCCCUGGAGCUGGAGGGGCUGUGGAGUCUGAUCGGCAAACUGGAGACGCUGCAGUCCAACAAGAAGUGUGUUCCAGCUGGAAUCCAGAACGCCUCCACGCUCAUGACGCACUUCAAGGCUCUGCUGAAGGAGCACGCUAAUGACAACCCUAAACUGGCGUACACUGGGAAACCCAUCGUCAAGUGGCCGCCCAGGCCCUCAUGGUAUCAGCCACCGCCACCUCCUCCUCCACCCCCACCGCCACCAGCCCCUCGUCCUAAACCGCCCUCAGCAACCACCGUCCAGCGUCCUCAGAAACCUGCCUCCAUGUCUUCACUGAGGCGGCGCAGAGUCAGAUGUAAGCGCUGUGAGGCCUGCAUUAGGCCAGAGUGUGGAGAGUGUAACUUCUGCAGAGACAUGAAGAAGUUUGGAGGACCAGGGAAGCUCAAGCAGACCUGCGUGCUGCGGCAGUGCCUCUCACCGGGCCUUCCUCUGUCUGCUGUGUGUGAGAUCUGCAAAGAGCCCAAUCAGGAGGAAACUGGAGACCCUUCCCUCACCCUGAUGGAGUGUUCCAGCUGUGCCCAGAUCGUCCAUCCCGCCUGCCUCACGGUUCAGGGUGACGGCGUGGUUAACAAAGACCUGCCCAGCUGCUGGGAGUGCCCCAAAUGUGUCCAGGGCAUCACUGACAGAGAGUCUAAAGGAGACAGAGCGGAUUCACUGAAAAGGAAAUCCUCGUCUCUGCUUGACGCUCGGAUCGCAAAGAUCUACAGACGCCACCUCCACAGCCAGGAUGGGGAGGACUCGGCCAGUGACGACGAUAACUCGUCGCACAGAAGGAGAUUGGCUCUCUCUGCUCACGGAGGCGGCCACAUGUCCAGGAAGGCGUUCGGUGCCAACAGGAGAGGUCUGCUGCGGGGCGGCCUGUCCCACAAAGGGAGCAGAGGGGGGCUGGGGGCGGGUGGCUCCAUGUCGGGCCUCAGACUAAAGAGGGGCGUGGCCAUGAGGGAGGCGGGGCGGAGAGGCCGGGUCAGACUCCGCGGAGGCUCCAGGAUGCAAAGGAGGGGCGACGACUCAGAAGAGUCGGAUGACGAUGAAGACGAUGAUGAUGACGACGACGACGAUGAUGACGAUUAUGAUGAAGAAGAAGGCGAGAGCGAGGAAGAAAAGGAAUAUCUGCGGCACAAACACAGGAGACGCAGGAGGGACUACGAUGAAGACGAGGAUAGCGAAGGGCAGGACUACGACCCUGAAGAAGAGGAGGUGGACACCGCUGAAGAUGAAGAGCUGAAAAAGGAGGAGGAUGAGGAGGAGGACGGUCGCUGGGAUUCAGACCCAGAACCUCCGGUUCUCCUGGUGUCCGACCUGAACGACGAGCUGCUGAGCGGCUCCUACCUGACGGUCACCCUGCAGCAGCCUCACAGAACCAAGAGCCAGUCAGGCUCCAUCGUGCCGAAGCUGGAGGCCGCCAUGGGGCUGAGGUCAGCAGCAGGGGGAGGCGGUCAGCAGGGCUUCAUCCAGAGGAAGGCGGCUCAUUCCAAACCUUCCAGAGUCCGAGGUGCUGAUUCUGCCGACACCUUCACCCCCAGAGGACCCGGCAGGCCUCGUCUGCGAGGAAGUCAGGGAGAAAAAAGCAGCAGAACGUACUCUGCCUCUUCCUCUGAGGAAGACCAGGCUGCUGCUCCUGCUCCGUCCUCUCUGCUGUCUCUGCCGUCCUUUAAGGACGCAGGCAGCGAUCGGGGCGGGGAGAAGGAGAUCUGGGUGUCUGUGUUCAGAUACCUGAACAGAGCGGAGCUGCUGGCCUGUAUGACCGUCUGUAAAGCCUGGUAUAAAUGGAGCUGUGACAAACGCCUGUGGAGUCACAUCGAUGUGAGUCGGUGCAACCCGCUCAGUAACCAGGCGCUGGCGGGCAUCAUCAAACGCCAUCCCACCUCUCUGGACCUGUCCUGGACGCCGCUGGCCAUGAGGCAGCUGAACUGCCUUCUCACCAGACUCCCAGGUCUGAGGGAGCUGAGGCUGACCGGUCUGCCCUGGUCCUGUCUGUCAGCGCUGGUCUCCCCCACCCUGCCCCAGUUACAGCUGCUGGAUCUACGCUGGUGUGAAGGCAUCAGAGAGGCCCAGAUUAAAGAGAUCGUCACUCCUCCAGGUUUGGAGUCGUCGCGCAGCAGGCUGAGGAACAUGGUGACGCUGCGUCUGUCCGGCCUGGACAUCAGCGAGUCCACCCUCAGGCUGUUGCAGCGCCACAUGCCCCAUCUGCAGACUCUGGACCUGGCUCACUGCAAGAACAUAACGGAUUCCUGUAUCACGCUGCUGGCAGCCGCUGGGACUCACACCCGCAACAACCUCAGCGAGCUGACUCUGGCUGGUUGUAACCAGCUGAGCGACGGCUGCCUGUCCUACCUGAAGAGGUUCUCCUCUCUGACUCUGCUGGACCUCAGAGGCUGUAAGGGUGUCAGCAGACGGGCCUGCGACGCCUUCAUCUCUGACCUGUCCCAUGUUGCCCUCUUCUGUAUGAUGGAGGAGAAGCUCAUCCAACGCCUGGACUGAACGCAGAGAAUCAUCAUUUGAUGACAGUGGAGCGGUCAGACCGGACUGCGGCCCACAUAAUACAGGACUUUUAUCUUAGUGAUUUCAUUUAACAGCCCGUCUGUUUUUUUGGUGUUUUCUUUGUAAAUAGAAGAUCUUUGUAAGCAGAUGUUGUUUGGCUCCAUCUGAGCAGAGUAUCAAUAAAAGAUAAUUCCUCUGUUCUGUA